UAAAAGUGCAAGCCUGUUCUGAUCAUCUUCAUGACCUCUACUCUGCAAGUCCGAACAAGAGAUCACCAUCAAUUGCAUAUUAUUCGAUAAUUAAUACACUGUAUCUGUACAAAGAACAGCACAAAACAUAUUUUUCUCCUGAAUAAUUAUUACUACUCCCCCAGACCCAAACAAAAAAGUCUAAUUACACCAUGUCGGACACCUCGAACACCAAGACCGACCAGAAGGCCAAGACCGCGACAGACAAGGCCGGCGGCGUCCAGUCGACCGUCACCAAUGUCGCCAAGGGGACCACCUCCACGCUCGGCAACGCGGUCGGCGGGCUGACCGAGACCGCCGGCGGCGUCCUGGGCGCCGCGACGCGAGGCCUAGGCGAGACCGUCACCAGCGUCACCGGCGAGGCCGGGAAGCCCGUCGGCGACGCUGUGACCAACAUCGGGGCGGGGCUCGAGAGUGGCGCGCGAGAGACGGGCGAGGGAGUCAAGAAGGCCGGGCAGUGGAAGGGGACGUCCUAAAACGGCAACCUGCCUUGCCUGCUGGAUAAUUAUGGCAGGGUGGUCAUGUUUCAUAAAAGUACCUUAAUUACUUGAUAGUUGUGGGACUUGGUUGUAGGACUUGGUUGUGGGACUCGAGUGCAGGCAGGAUGAGAACAAUGUGUAUUUUGUGUACCUAAUAUGCCUUGAAUGAAC